GAUUUGAGAGGCACUGGGAGGGGGAGGAAGGAUUAGUAGGAAGCGAUGACUGGCUGAAUAUCAAAGUGGGGGUGGGGACAUGGAAGUUUCUGACUUCUACGACUGACUACGCGGGGUCCCACGCGCCCAGAGAAGUGAGGACGACUCAGCAGCCCUCCCCUGAGGGACGCUGGACCACAAUUCGCUGUAACGUGAGCCAAGCUCCGGCAGAAGGACGGCCAGGGACCGAUCACAGGAGUCAGCUCCAGGGCUUAGGAGAGCCCGCGAGAGCUUCGCCCUCCUUAGGCUGAGGUCACCAGCUGGCCUCCCGGAGGAAGUGUAAUUUGAGCAGAGCUUCCAAGGUCACGCGGAGACGCCUGAAGGCCUUUGAUGAAAGAACUACUUCGGGGUUUGAAGGGCUGGCGUCCUUCUGGAACACCACUGCCCAAGAAAGAAGGCGGGGCGGGGCGGGGAGGGGCGGGACCCGGGGCCGCGGCCGGGCGUCCACUCGGAAACCUUCGGCCGAGGCUCGGCCACCCCUCCCCAACUCCGGCCUCAGCCUCGAGCCUAGGGCCGAUCCGGAAACAGCCGAGCGGAUCCGGAAACAGCCGAGAGGACCCGGAAGCGGUGAGCGCCGUCACCAGGGAGUGCGGGAACCCGCCGUUUGUGUUGAGGCGAUGGCGGCAGCUGCGCCGGCGGCCGCGGGCGAGGAUGGCCGGCGGCGGCAACCGGGGGCCGCGCUGGACUCCCAGCCCCCGGAGGGGGCAAAAGUUGAGGCCGAGUCAGGGGAACUUGAACGGCUUCGGGCAGAGCUGGCAGGAGCCCUGGCAGAAAUGGAAACCAUGAAGGCUGUGGCCGAGGUGAGCGAGAGCACGAAGGCCGAGGCUGUGGCUGCAGUACAGCGGCAGUGCCAAGAGGAGGUGGCCUCGCUGCAGGCCAUCCUGAAAGACUCCAUCAGCAGCUAUGAAGCCCAGAUCACGUCUCUGAAGCAGGAGCGGCAGCAGCAGCAGCAGGACUGUGAGGAGAAGGAGCGGGAACUGGGGCACCUAAAGCAGCUGCUGUCCCGGGCUCAUCCCCUGGACUCCUUGGAGAAGCAGAUGGAAAAGGCCCACGAGGACUCAGAGAAGCUGCGGGAGAUCGUGCUGCCCAUGGAGCAGGAGAUUGAGGAGCUGAAGGCGAAGCUGCUGAGGGCAGAGGAGCUGAUCCAAGAGAUCCAGAGACGUCCCCGGCAUCCCCCUUCUCUGCACGGCUCCACGGAAUUGCUCCUAUCCCGGGACCCAUCUCCGCCACUGGAGCCUCUCGAGGAGCUGAGUGGAGAUGGCGGCCCGGCAGCCGAGGCCUUCGCCCACAACUGUGACGACAGCGCCUCCAUCUCCUCCUUCUCCCUCGGCGGUGGGGCCAGCGGUAGUGCCUCCCUGCCCCGCAGCCGCCAGGCCCUGAGCCCCGAGCAGGAGGAGACAGCCUCUCUGGUGUCCACAGGCACCCUGGUCCCUGAGGGCAUCUACCUGCCCCCUCCUGGUUACCAGCUCGUCCCAGACAACCAGUGGGAGCAGCUGCAGAUGGAGGGGCGGCAGCUGCAGAAGGACCUGGAGAGCAUCAGCCGGGAGCGGGACGAACUGCAAGAGGGCCUGAGACAGAGCAACGAGGAUUGCGCCAAGCAGAUGCAGGUGCUCCUGGCCCAGGUCCAGAACUCGGAGCAGCUGCUGCGGACGCUGCAAGGGACCGUGAGCCAGGCCCAGGAGCGGGUUCAGCUGCAGAUGGCAGAGCUGGCCACCUCCCACAAGUGCCUGAGCCAUGAGGUAAAGCGACUGACUGAGGAAAACCAAGGGCUCCGGGCUGAGCAGCCGCCAUCUUCCGCCCCCCGGGGCCUGGAGCAGGAUGAGGGCCAGGAGGAGUCGCUGCCCAGCGCGCUGCCGGAGCUGCAGCAGCUGGUGCGCCGCACGCAGCAGGAGGCGCGGGCCCAGCAGCAGGCCCAGGAGCACAAGGCCGAGCGGCUGCGGAUUGAGAUUGUGACCCUGCGGGAGGCGCUGGAAGAGGAGACGGCGGCGAGGGCCAGCCUGGAGGGGCAGCUGAGGGUGCAGCGGGAGGAGACAGAGGUGUUAGAGGCCUCCCUGUGCAGCCUGAGGAUGGAGAUGGAGCGGGUCCAGCAGGAGCAGAGCAAGGCCAGGCAGCAGGAAGUCCUGAGGCAGCCACCAGGCUCGGGCCGCACAGAAGAGGCCCAGCUCACAGACCUCCUCUCAGAACAGAGAGCAAAAGUGCUCCGGCUGCAGGCUGAGCUGGAGACCAGUGAGCAGGUGCAGAGGGAUUUCGUACGACUGUCCCAGGCCCUGCAGGUGCGCCUGGAACGCGUCCGCCAGGCAGAGAGUCUGGAGCAAGUGCGAAGCAUCAUGGACGAGGCGCCCCUCAGGGACGUCAGGGACAUCAAGGACACCUGAGGGGCCAGUACCCGCCCACCCAUGGGGGAGACUGCCUUUCUCCACUCCUGAACCGUGAGGCUUUGGGAGUCUCAGGAUGGAGUCUUCACCUGCCCCAAGCCUGGGGUUGCGGUGACGGGGGCUACCGCUGCUCUGUCCCUCCAGUGCCUCCUCCCGGGGAGGCUGGGCCUUCUGCUUCCAAAGAUGACAGUUGGGUGAGGGUCCCAACCCCCUCUGGGAACCGAAGGGGCAGGCUUAGCCCUGCGGCUUUCUGGCUGCCAUGCUGCCUCCAGGGUUCCAACCCUCCUGCCCCAAACCCCAACCAGACUAACAGCCGUGCCUGUUACCUCCCCACCCCUUCCUCGAGCCCCAGCUGCGCUGUGAGUGGCGGCUGGGAGCCUUGGGUCGUGUCCCCGGUCCCUCCACACACGCCCUGGGACAGGCGGCUGCUUCCUGGACUGCAUGACACUAAAAUGCUUGUCCCCAGGGGCCUGGACCAGGCCCCAAGAUGUGCUCGGAGACAAGGCCAGAUUUUUCUGUCAUUUAUUUUCAAUAAAUAAGCAGCUCAGCUC